UGUUUGUGACGUCGCAUAAUCAAUGCCUUAACUGCUUUCACUACUGCUGCAGGAUAUUGAGAAGGACAAGAAGCGAGCUGAGAACCCAGAGGCCAUGGAAGAGGAUGAGGUUGAGGAAGUAACCGAAAUCAAGGCUAGCCACUUUGAGGAGGCCAUGAAGUUUGCCCGACGUAGUGUUAGCGAUGCAGAUAUCCGGAAAUCUCAAGCGUUUGCUCAAACAUUGCAGCAAUCACGAGGAUUUGGUUCGGAGUUCCGGUUUCCAGAUCGACCUGCUCAAACUGCAGGUGCUCGUGUUGCGCAACCAGCGUUUGUGGCUGCUGCUGAUGAUGAAUUGUAUAACUAAACUCCAUUCAUUGCUCGUCUGGUCUUCGAUCGUGUCUUCGCGGCAUGACCAGUAUGUAUGGCAAGACCACCAACGGAAGUGUGUAAAUUUAUGUUCAUUCGCACUUUAUAUGCAACCCUCGACUCUGGGGAGCACAUCCUUUGUGCUUUUCGAUCAGAUUCAGUCUCGAAUACAGGCAAGGAGAGUUGACACAACUGGUUAAUUAAAAUUUCUGGCUUGUCAUCCACAUUACCGUCUCCG